AUGGCGAUCACGGCGUCAUCGAAGAAGGCGGCGAACCGGCUGGUGGUGGAGGAUGCCAGCACCAACGACGACAACUCCGUGUGCACCCUCCACCCAGACACCAUGGAGAAGCUUUCCCUAUUCAAGGGCGACACGGUGCUGCUCAAGGGCAAGCGCCGCCACAGCACGGUCUGCAUGGCACUGCCCGACGACACCUGCGAGGAGCACAAGAUGAGGAUCAACAAGGUGGCCCGCUCCAACCUGCGCGUGCGCAUCGCCGACGUCGUGUCCGUGCACCUGUGCCACGACGUCAAGUACGCCAGGCGCGUGCACAUCCUCCCGUUGGACGACACCGUCGAGGGCAUCGCGGGGAACCUCUUCGACGCCUACCUCAAGCCCUACUUCGUGGACGCCUUCCGCCCGGUCCACAAGGGCGACCUCUUCCUCGUGCGCGGCGGCAUGCGGAGCGUCGAGUUCAAGGUCAUGGAGAUCGACCCCGCGGCGGACUACUGCAUCGUGAUGCCCGACACGGAGAUUUUCUGCGAGGGCGAGCCGGUCAAGCGGGAGGACGAGGAGCGGCUCGACGACGUCGGCUACGACGACGUGGGUGGCAUGGGGAAACCGCUGACUCAGAUCAGGGAGCUCGUCGAGCUGCCACUCAGGCAUCCUCAGAUCUUCAAGUCCAUUGGCGUCAAGCCUCCCAAGGGCAUCCUCCUCUACGGCCCUCCCGGUUCCGGCAAGACGCUGAUCGCCCGCGCGGUGGCCAACGAGACCGGGGCCUUCUUCUUUCUCAUCAACGGCCCGGAGAUAAUGUCAAAGAUGGCCGGAGAGAGCGAGAGCAACCUGAGGAAGGCCUUCGAGGAGGCCGAGAAGAACGCGCCCUCCAUCAUAUUCAUCGACGAGAUCGACUCCAUUGCUCCCAACAGGGAGAAGACUCACGGCGAGGUGGAGAGGCGUAUCGUUUCCCAGCUGCUGACGCUGAUGGACGGCAUGAAGGCCCGCGCGCACGUCAUCGUCAUGGGCGCCACGAACCGUCCCAACAGCAUCGACCCUGCCUUGAGGCGCUUCGGGAGGUUCGAUCGCGAGAUCGACAUCGGCGUGCCGGACGAGGUCGGGCGUCUCGAAGUGCUCCGCAUCCACACCAAGAACAUGAAGCUGGACGAGGAGGUCAACCUUGAGGUGAUUGCCAAGGAUACGCACGGCUACGUCGGCGCCGACUUGGCCGCGCUCUGCACCGAGGCGGCGCUGCAGUGCAUCAGGGAGAAGAUGGACGUGAUCGAUUUAGAGGACGACACCAUCGACGCCGAGAUCUUGAACUCCAUGGCCGUCACCAAUGACCACCUUAAGACGGCUCUCGUCGGCACGAACCCGUCCGCGCUACGUGAGACCGUCGUGGAGGUGCCCAACGUCAGCUGGAACGAUGUCGGCGGCCUCGACGGGGUCAAGAGGGAGCUGCAAGAGACCGUUCAGUACCCGGUCGAGCACCCAGAGAAAUUCGAGAAGUUCGGCAUGUCGCCGUCCAAGGGCGUCCUCUUCUACGGGCCACCAGGAUGCGGCAAGACCUUGCUGGCCAAGGCGAUCGCCAACGAGUGCCAGGCCAACUUCAUCAGCAUCAAGGGGCCAGAGCUGCUCACCAUGUGGUUCGGCGAGAGCGAGGCCAACGUGCGCGAGAUCUUCGACAAGGCGCGUCAGUCUGCGCCGUGCGUGCUCUUCUUCGACGAGCUCGACUCCAUCGCGACCCAGAGGGGCGGCAGGAUGGGAGACGCCGGCGGCGCGGCGGACAGGGUCCUGAACCAGCUGCUCACCGAGAUGGACGGCAUGAACGCCAAGAAGACGGUCUUCAUCAUCGGCGCCACCAAUAGGCCGGACAUAAUUGACUCGGCGUUGCUCCGUCCCGGCCGCCUGGACCAGCUCAUCUACAUCCCCUUGCCGGACGAGGCCUCGCGGCACCAGAUCUUCAAGGCAUGCCUCAGGAAGUCUCCCGUGGCCAAGGACGUCGACCUCGGCGCGCUCGCAAGGUUCACCGCAGGCUUCAGCGGCGCCGACAUCACGGAGAUCUGCCAGAGGGCGUGCAAGUACGCCAUCAGGGAAGAUAUCGAGAAGGACAUGGAGAGGCAGAGGAUGGGACAAGACACCAUGGAGCCGGACGGCGGGCAGGAAGAGGAGGCGGCGGAGAUCAAGGCGGCUCACUUCGAAGAGUCGAUGAAGUACGCGAGGCGGAGCGUGAGCGACGCCGACGUCAGGAAGUACCGGGCCUUCGCGCAGACGCUGCAGCAGUCUAGGGGGUUCGGCACCGAGUUCCGCUUCCCGGCGCAGCCACACGCGGCAGAAGCUGCUGUCCACACCUCCGCGGCAGCUGAUGAGGAUGAAGACGAUCUAUACAAGUGAUCCAGUAGCCAUUGUUAGAAUAGAACAUGAAGUAGGAAUACCAGAAUAUUGUACUGUACUGUUUUUGUUCUGUUUCCUUAAGUCGAACACCUUAUUUUGUUGAUUCUUUUCAUGUAUAUAAAUUUUUUUCGUUUAUACUCCAUACUUCGUACAUCAUAGAAAUACAGUUGUUUUUAACAGCAACAUAGAAAUACAGUUGACGAGAUAAAUAGUUGUCUGUUCUUUAUGAAAA